AUGUUCAAGAGCGGCAUUUCUUCCUUCGCCCGAGCAGCUCGCCCGACCUUCUCGGCCGCGGCCGCGCCUCGAACCGUCCGCCCUGCCGGCCUCAGACUCCCCAAGCUCCCUCUCGGUAGCAGACUUGCCAGCUCUGCUGGUGUCGGUGAUGGCAAGAUCUACCAGGUCAUCGGUGCCGUCGUUGACGUCAAGUUCGAUGGCGCCAAGCUGCCUCCUAUCCUGAACGCUCUCACGACGGACAACCAGGGCAACCGUCUGGUCCUGGAGGUCGCUCAACAUCUCGGCGAGAAUGUCGUCCGUUGCAUUGCUAUGGACGGUACCGAGGGUCUGGUCCGUGGUGCCAAGGCUUCGGAUACCGGUGCUCCUAUCACCAUCCCCGUCGGUGCUGGCACUCUCGGCCGUAUCAUGAACGUCACUGGUGACCCCAUCGACGAGCGUGGUCCCAUCAAGACCGACAAGUACCUGCCUAUCCACGCCGAUGCUCCCGAGUUUGUCGAGCAGUCGACCACUGCCGAGAUUCUGGUCACUGGCAUCAAGGUCGUCGAUCUGCUGGCCCCCUACGCCCGUGGUGGAAAGAUUGGCCUGUUCGGUGGUGCCGGUGUCGGCAAGACCGUCUUCAUCCAGGAGCUGAUCAACAACAUCGCCAAGGCUCACGGUGGUUACUCCGUCUUCACUGGUGUCGGCGAGCGCACCCGUGAGGGUAACGAUCUGUACCACGAGAUGCAGGAGACCUCCGUCAUUCAGCUUGACGGCGAGUCCAAGGUGUCUCUUGUCUUCGGCCAGAUGAACGAGCCCCCAGGAGCCCGUGCCCGUGUCGCUCUGACUGGUUUAACUGUAGCUGAAUCAUUUCGUGAUGAGGGACAGGACGUGCUGCUCUUCAUUGACAACAUUUUCCGUUUCACCCAGGCCGGUUCCGAGGUGUCUGCCCUGCUGGGUCGUAUUCCCUCUGCCGUCGGUUACCAGCCCACUCUUGCCGUCGAUAUGGGUGGUAUGCAGGAGCGCAUUACCACCACCAAGAAGGGUUCCAUUACCUCUGUCCAGGCCGUCUACGUCCCUGCUGACGAUCUGACUGACCCUGCCCCCGCCACCACCUUCGCUCACUUGGACGCCACCACUGUCCUGUCCCGUGGUAUCUCCGAGUUGGGUAUCUACCCCGCCGUCGACCCUCUCGACUCCAAGUCGCGUAUGCUUGACCCCCGUAUCGUCGGUCAGGACCACUACGAGACGGCCACCCGCGUCCAGCAGAUCCUCCAGGAGUACAAGUCUCUGCAGGAUAUCAUUGCCAUUCUCGGUAUGGACGAACUUUCCGAGGCCGACAAGCUUACCGUCGAGCGUGCCCGUAAGAUCCAGCGUUUCCUGAGCCAGCCCUUCACUGUCGCCCAGGUCUUCACUGGUAUCGAGGGCAAGCUCGUUGACCUCAAGGACACCAUCGGCUCCUUCAAGGCCAUCCUGGCUGGCGAGGGUGAUGACCUGCCUGAGGGUGCUUUCUACAUGGUCGGUGACUUUGCUUCCGCUCGGGCGAAGGGUGAGAAGAUUCUUGCCGAGCUUGAGAAGAACUAA